AUGCUAGCUUCGCGAAGCCGUGCCGGCACCCUAUCAAGAUCGCGGUUGCCAUACGUCUGCCCGGCAUGUCAGAGCACUGCCCUUCUGGCUGCAUUCCUCCUUUCAAGUCGACAUGAGAGACGGGAUUGUCGCCAAAGACGGUCCUUUACCUCUGUCGAUCGCCGCUCUGCUUCGGUCGUAACCUCUCAGCUAUCGCCCGACCGAGCCAACUCGGCCAUCCGUAACCACUUGAGGGCUUGGGCGGUGAAGAAUCAAAAGAAAAAGCAGCAGGAAGCAGAAAAUGCCGAGGGCGAUUCCAACAAGCUGAAAAGAUUGGCCGCGUUGCCCAACUCGCUGUUCAUCGAAGAAGCAAGCUCUACUGACGAUACAUUGGUCGACGAUGAAGCCGCUGCAGGGGAUGAUCUGGUAGAACCCUGGGAAGAUGGCGUACAGGCUGGCUGGCACGAGACCUACGCCCCAGGCGAUGUGAUCUGGUGGCGACCAGGGAGGCAUACCACUUUUGCAAAACCCCAAUUGGCUCUCUACCUGGGCGCUUUAGGGUGGCAGCGUCAAUACAUGCUGGGUGAUGGCCGCUGGGUUGUUGAAAAGGCCCGUGGCCAGGCAAGUCCAGCCUUCAAGAACUUUGCAUCGAAAAAAGAAGUCGAUCAGAUCCGACAGCACCUCCCAGUCAAACCUCUAGAGACGAGCAAGAAUGACUACGACAUGCCCUUGGGAUACAGCUUUGCGGGCGACCUCCCUGCUGCCGCCGCUGAGCCUUUGAUGGAGCGCUUCGCCCAACUCGCCGAAGCCAUGUCAACUUGGCGCCGUGAGAACCUCGCUCUCCUGGAUUCUCUCUAUGAUCGCAUCGCAGAUGAGGAGAGGUACAUUGCACUCCAAUUCCCAGAAGUCGUCACCAAGUUCUUGGGUGUUGACUAUGACAAAGUCCCUCCCGCGGCCCUCCUCACCAUAUUUCGCACCUUGCAACGAAAGCUGGUGAGCGUCGUUGCCAUUCGCAAGCAGACUUAUUAUCCCUCAGCCACGGUCACCUUUACCCCCAAGAGACUGGCAAGGAGCUUCGACCAAGUCUGUGAAUGGGCUCGAGAGUACCAAGAAGCAGCUGCUGACGCCGCCAUGGGCAAGAAUGUCGCCGCUGCUCUAGAAUCCAAUCCUCUGUCAGCGUUCGUGGCCAAAGCACGUCGCAUUAUCCUCAAAAGCCGUGCUCUUCGCUCCCCAACCACCAUUGGCAGUCUGGGUCCAAGUUCUAUUCAGGGCGGCAUCAUAGAUGGCAAGGUUGCUCGCCAAGACAACGAAGAAGUCUUCACCGAGAAUGACAGGAUGUUUAUCGCGUUCCUCUGGGAUUGUUACAUUCGGUAUCCCUUCCCAGACAACAAUCGAAACAUGGCUAUCGCCUCCUUGCUUCUGCGCGCCGUUGGCGCCUACCCGAAACUCCGCUUGGAUGCCAAUAUGGGUCGCUUGUUACUGCAAGAGUUGGGUAUCUUGCCCCCCUGGUUCCUGCAGUCUGAUCACAACAUUACCCUGGAACUACCACACGGCAGGGCUGGUCCGGAACUCAAACGGGUGUUCAACGAAGCUUCCGAAUUCUGUGAAGACUCCGGGAUAGCGAGUACAUUGGACCCUCAUGUUCUCGGCGACUCCAUGGCGUCCCUGCGUCAAGACUUGGGCGACCUGCCGGUCUACUGCAUCGAUACAGGUGAGGCUGUCGUGAGAGAAGACGGGUUUUCCAUAGAACCCAAUCCCGAGAUUCCUGGCACUUAUUGGCUUCACGGCCACACUGCGCAUCCGACAGCUUUCAUUGGUCCGGACCAUGUCAUGGCGCAGCGUGCCCGGAUGCUCACGCAAGGCAUUUUUCACCAUGGCCGGCUCGCACGUAUGCUCCCGGACAAAUUCUGCUACGCCUUGUCCCUACGAAGUGGCGCUCCCGCACUCACGGUCAGCACUCUACUAACAGAGGAAGGUAAUGUGUUGGAUAUCAGGGUACGGCCGACCACCCUGAGGAAUGUCAUUUUCCUAUCUGAUCCCGCCGUGGAACACGUCCUCGACAAGCCAAAAUACGAGGCGGCGACUAUAUCCUUGGGCUUCAAGGGAGCAGUUAAUUUCGAAUCGCUACAACAAGCCAAGCCCGCGGAUGUAGACACGGUAAAGAAAUACCUCCCUGACAUCCAACUGUUGGAGAAGCUGCUCCUUGCUCGCGAGGAACGUCGCAAACAGGAAGUGGCCGUGGUCCCAGAUUGGGAGAUCCAGGGCAGUCUUUCCAGCAUGAGUUAUGCCUACAUCUUUGGUAGCCAGUAUGACGAGGAUGACCUGUUUCGCAGCCGACAAUACCAGGGUGAUCCUGCGAUGAGGAUCAAAGUGAGUCGGUACAUGCGCAUCAACCGGGUGUCAGAAAUGGGCAAGUAUGUCACGGUAACGGCUCUGCUGGGGGAUCUUAUGUCGGAAUCCGCGGCCAAAUGGUUCAGCGAUCGUAACAUGCCGGCCGUUUUCUUUGGUUCGUCUUACGCACCGGACUACCCUCCCGAAAGACUGAACAACCUGAAGCGGGGCGAGAACGCAGAUUUUCCCAUGGGCAAGUUCUCAACGACGGCGAUCGAACACGUCCACAAGAACCACAAGUCCCAUCUUUGGGUCAGCAACCCUCUUCGACGCUAUCCGGAUCUCAUGGCACUUUGGAAUGUAGACAGCUACCUACGGGCCGAGGCUGCGGGUCUGGUCGGCCCCGGUCAAUCUGCUGACAAGCUGGACCUGCCCAUUACGAGGGAAAUGUGUGAAGAUUUCAUAGCCACGGCCGGACCCAAAAUGUAUCAAUGGGCCGUUCAGCUGUCACGAACGGAGAGGCUACACUGGGUCAUCCAAGCGCUCUUCCGAGCCUUUCAUUUCAAGGAGCUGGAACUGCCCGAGGUCUGGGAUCUGCAUGUCAGUUCGGUGGUGCCUAACAAAAUCCGGCCUGACGACUCGGGGCUUCGAGGCGUGCUCCUCCCUUUCCAAGUCUUUGCCGUCGUGCUGGCAUCGAAAGAGGGCUGGGAAAAGGGGGCCAAGAAGCGGUCGUUCCUGCCCGUCAAGCUGGAACUUGUCGACAUAGACAAACAGAUGCUUGUGGUCCGUGUGGUCGGUCCGCCCAGCGACGACUAUACGCAACGGGGGCCGAUCGACCUUGCUCCCAAGCAAGAUGAGAGUCAAGAAGAUGGUGAGCUCGCAGACCAGCUGGUUAGGCCUGACAAGCCUUCCUACAAGGAAUUCAAUUAUGUGAAGGACUCUGCCUCCCCCGCCGCAGUCUGA